ACCACGCAGCUCACCAUUUCCCAGCGUAUCGGCUGGCGCGUCACCUUAUCUCCCUGUGCCGUGUUUGAGGGGCUAUCUCGCAUAUUUCUCCCGGAGGAUUUUCACGGCGGUUCCGUCAGGGCUGUGCUUGUUAAUGGGCGUCUUGGACGGCUGCCUCUCUUCGUCCAUGUGUGCCCCUCUGAGUGCGCUGUGAGCAGCAGCAGGAGCAGAGGCAGCAGCACCUUGGAAGCGCAGGAGGAGGAGGAGGAGGAGCAGGAGAGCUGCUCUCUGCCGCGCCGAGCGGUACCGCGUCGUAUAGUGGAAAUACGCUCGCCUGCUCUGGUUACUAUCAAAACCAGUCUGAGAGAAGAAGAAGAAGGACACCAAGUGAAGAAGGCUUCACCAGACUCAUUUUGUGAAUUGUUAACGGGACGGGCCUGCGACAGCGGACAUGUCUUCAGAAUGAAUCAUUCAAACUGAACCGGAGUUACAACCAACAUUUUCAUCUGAAAGUAGAGAGGAGGCAGCCAUGGAGGUGAAGGAACGCAGACCCUAUCGCUCGCUCACGACCCGGCAGGACACCGAGCGCCGUUACACCAGCUCCUCCGCAGACAGCGAAGAUGGUAAACCCAACUCUAAAUCCUACAGCUCCAGCGAAACACUCAAAGCCUUUGACCACGACUCGAGGAUGGUGUACGGCAGCCGUGUGAAGGAAAUGGUUCACCACGAAGUGGAUGAAUUCAGCCGGCAAGGGACGGACUUUUCCCUGCGAGACCUCGGCUUUGGAGAUGGCCUUCCAUCGCAUGUAGCUACGUACAGGAGCGACAUGGGGCUGCCUCACCGUGACUACUCAGUCAGCGUGGGCUCUGACGCAGACACAGAGACUGACGGCGUCAUGUCCCCGGAACACGCGGUCAGGCUUUGGGGCCGCAGCAACACCAAGUCGGGCCGCAGCUCGUGUCUCUCCAGCAGAGCCAACUCCAACCUAACACUCACUGAUACUGAACACGAGAACACAGAAAACGGUCCUCCGCUGCAUUGUUCAUCUGCCUCCUCCUCCCCUGUUGAGCAGCUCCCAUACCCUCCCCCUUCCAUUGCAGCCAAUGAGAACCACGGGAGGUUGCUAGGUAACAGUGCGGCUCAGCCAGCCCAGGACUCUGACUCUGAGGAUGAGUUUGGCCCCAAUUCAUUCUUAGUUAAAACUGGCUCAGGGAACCUGUAUGCUCCUUCCGCUGCAACUGCUGAUGACGGAGCCUUUCAAAAUCACUCUCGGUUGCGGACGCCUCCGCUACCCCUCUCCCAUUCUCACUCGCCCAAUCAUCAGCACCAUGCAGCCUCUAUUAACUCGUUAAACAGGAGUAACUACACUCCGCGGAGCAACGCCAGCCCAGCGCCCACAGACAGUUCCGCUCCCCCCGAGGGUCCCGCAAGUGGUCAAGACUCCAGCAGCAUUCAGGACAACUGGCUCCUCAACAGCAACAUCCCGCUGGAAACGAGGAGCCAGAAUACUCUAAUGUUUAUCAGAGAAGAGCAAGACGCUUGCAGAGAAGGACAGGGCUCAAACAAAACAAGAAAUAUAGCAAAGCAGGCAUUCCUUGAGACUUUGCAGGACAACUUGAUUGAGAUGGACAUUCUGGCAUCAGCACGCCACGAUGCCUCGUACAACGACGGGCAUUUCCUGUUCAAACCAGGUGGAACAUCACCAAUGUAUUGCACAACUUCACCGGGGUACCCUCUGACCUCCAGCACGGUGUACUCGCCUCCCCCACGCCCUUUACCUCGAAACACCUUCUCUCGACCUGCCUUCAGCUUGAAGAAGCCCUACAAGCACUGCAACUGGAAAUGUGCUGCUCUCAGUGCCAUCCUCAUUUCAGUGACGCUGCUGCUGCUGUUAGCCUACUUCGUUGCCAUUCACCUAUUGGGGUUAAACUGGCACCUCCAACCCAUGCAGAGACAGAUGUACCAGCUGUCAGAAGAUAAUACAAGUGGCCUACCAUUCCCUACAGACUUGAGUUUACCACCGCUAGGCAACACAGGGCUGGAGAUACCAGAUCACAGGGGAAAAGAUGACGGCAAAUUGGACAGCUUGUUCCCGGAUGACAGCUAUAUAGAUACGGGGGAGAUUGACGUGGGACGCAAGGUCGCCCAGCAGAUUCCUCCUGGUAUCUUCUGGAGAUCCCAGGUCUUCAUUGAUCAUCCUAUGUACCUAAAGUUUAACGUUUCACUCAGCAAAGAUGCCUUAGUUGGAAUAUAUGGAAGAAGAGGCCUUCCUCCGUCACAUACACAGUUUGACUUUGUAGAGCUGUUGGAUGGGCGGCGGCUCCUGGCCCAGGAUGUUCACAGUCUGGAGGGGCCUGCAGCUCUGCAGCGGAGCCUCGUACCAAUCACCACACACGACACAGGCUUUAUCCAGUACAUGGACUCGGGCAUCUGGCACCUGGCAGUCUACAACGACGGGAAGGAAACCGAAACCGUUUCCUUCUUCACCAGUGCCAUAGAAUCCAUUGAUGACUGUCCCAGUAACUGCUUUGGAAAUGGUGACUGUGUUUCUGGAACGUGCCAUUGCUUUUUAGGAUUCAAAGGGCCCGACUGUGGGCGAGCUGCCUGUCCGGUGCUGUGCAGUGGGAAUGGUCAAUACCUUAAAGGUCGUUGCAUGUGCCACAGCGGCUGGAAGGGCUCCGAAUGUGAUGUUCCCACCAGCCAGUGCAUUGACAUCACGUGCAGCGGCCAUGGGACCUGCAUUGGGGGAACCUGCAUCUGCAACCCUGGAUACAAAGGGGAGAACUGUGAAGAAGUGGACUGCCUGGAUCCAACGUGCUCUGGCCGAGGCGUUUGUGUCCAGGGAGAGUGCCACUGCUUCAUCGGCUGGGGAGGGCCGGGAUGUGAAAGCCCCAGGGCCUCCUGCAUGGACCAGUGCUCUGGACAUGGAGCUUUCCUGGCAGACACUGGAACCUGCAGCUGCGAUCCCAACUGGACGGGCCACGACUGCUCUACAGAGAUUUGUGCAGCCGACUGUGGAGGCCACGGCGUUUGUGUUUCAGGCACCUGUCGCUGUGACGACGGCUGGAUGGGCGCCGGGUGUGACCAGAGGGCGUGUCACCCGCGCUGCAACGAGCACGGCACAUGCAAGGACGGCAAAUGUGAAUGCAGUCCUGGUUGGAAUGGAGAACACUGCACCAUUGCUCACUAUCUGGAUAAGGUAGUGAAAGAGGGUUGUCCUGGUUUGUGCAAUGGAAAUGGCAGGUGCACUCUGGGUAACAACGGCUGGUACUGUGUGUGCCAGCUGGGCUGGAGGGGCACCGGCUGUGACACCUCUAUGGAAACCGCCUGCAGUGAUGUCAAGGACAACGAUGGAGAUGGCCUGGUGGACUGCAUGGAUCCAGACUGCUGUCUUCAGGCAACCUGUCACACCACCUCUUUAUGCGUGGGCUCGCCCGACCCCCUGGACAUCAUCCAGGAGACGCAGAUGUCCUCUGCACAGAGCAACCUGCAGACGUUCUACGAACGAGUGAGCUUCCUGGUGGGCAGGGACAGUACACACACCAUCCCUGGAGCUAACCCCUUCGAUGGAAACCAUGCUUGUGUCAUUCGUGGGCAGGUGGUCACCUCGGAUGGAACGCCGCUGGUUGGAGUUAACGUCAGCUUCAUCAACACUCCGGCGUUUGGCUACACAAUUACCAGGCAGGAUGGAAGCUUCGACUUGGUGACCAAUGGGGGCAUAGCCAUCGCCCUGCACUUUGAGCGAGCUCCAUUCAUCACUCAGGAACACACUCUGUGGUUGCCAUGGGGACGGUUCUUCGUCAUGGACACCAUUGUCAUGCGGCACGAGGAAAAUGACAUCCCGAGCUGCGACCUCAGCAGCUUCUCCCGGCCCGUCCCCGUGGUGUCCCCGGCGCCGCUCACAGCCUUCGCCGGCUCCUGCUCGGAAAGGGGGACAGUGGUGCCCGAAAUCCAGUCUCUACAGGAGGAAGUGCGGAUACCAGGGACAGAGAUGAAGCUCAGCUAUCUAAGCAGCAGAACUCCAGGUUAUAAGUCAAUUCUGAGGGUGACCCUCACGCACUCCACCAUUCCUUUCAACUUGAUGAAGGUUCACCUCAUGGUGGCUGUGGAAGGCAGGCUGUUCAGAAAAUGGUUUCCUGCAGCUCCCAACCUCUCCUAUGACUUUGUGUGGGACAAGACGGACGUCUACAGCCAGAAGGUGUACGGCCUCUCUGAAGCCUUUGUUUCAGUGGGUUUUGAGUAUGAAUCAUGCCCAGACCUUAUUCUGUGGGAGAAGAGGACUGCUGUACUACAAGGCUAUGAAACAACCGCCUCCAAACUUGGAGGGUGGACAGUAGACAAGCAUCAUGCUUUAAAUAUCCAGAGUGGCAUUCUUCACAUGGGCAACGGAGAGAAUGUGUUCAUCUCCCAGCAGCCACCCGUAAUCGGCAGCAUGAUGGGAAACGGGCGCAGGCGCAGCAUCUCCUGCCCCAGCUGUAACGGCCUUGCUGACGGAAACAAACUCCUGGCCCCCGUGGCUCUGGCUUGCGGCUCAGAUGGAAGUCUGUACGUGGGCGACUUCAACUAUGUGAGGAGGAUUUUCACCACAGGGAACGUCACCAGCGUCCUGGAGCUGAGAAAUAAAGACUUCAGGCACAGCAACAGCCCCGCUCAGAAGUACUACUUGGCCUCCAGCCCUGUGAAUGGCGCUGUGUACCUGUCCGAUACAGGAAGCAGGAAAGUGUUCAGGGUCAAAUCUCUGACUGUUGUGAACAAUGUUGCUAAGAAUCUGGAGCUGGUGGCUGGAACCGGUGACCAGUGUCUCCCAUACGAUGACGCUCGCUGCGGGGAUGGAGGGAAAGCUGUUGAGGCCACGCUCACCAAUCCCAGAGGCAUUACGGUGGAUAAGUAUGGGGUAAUCUUCUUUGUGGAUGGAACCAUGAUCCGCAGGAUUGAUCAGAAUGGUAUCAUCUCCACUCUUCUUGGCUACAAUGACUUAACCUCCGCUCGACCUCUCAGCUGUGAUGCCGUUAUGGACAUUUCUCAGGUACGCCUUGAGUGGCCAACAGACCUGGCAGUGAGCCCCAUGGACAACUCUCUGUACGUUCUGGACAACAAUGUUGUUCUACAAGUUUCAGAGAAUCAUCAAGUCCGCAUUGUAGCAGGCCGCCCCAUGCACUGCCAAGUACCUGGCAUUGAUCACUUUCUUAUGAGCAAAGUGGCCAUCCAUGCAACUCUGGAGUCAGCAAACGCCUUGACUGUGUCACACAAUGGUGUUUUGUACAUCGCCGAGUCUGAUGAAAAGAAAAUCAACAGAGUGCGACAGGUGUCCACCAAUGGAGAGAUCUCUUUGGUUGCAGGGGCACCAAGUGGCUGUGACUGCAAAAAUGAUGUCAACUGUGAUUGUUACUCUGGAGAUGGAGGCUAUGCCAAGGAUGCCAAGCUGAAUGCACCCUCUUCCCUUGCUGUAUGCCCAGAUGGAGAGCUUUAUAUUGCAGAUCUUGGAAACAUUCGUAUUCGCUUUGUUCGGAAAAACAAACCCUUUCUGAAUCCUCUCAGUAUGUAUGAGGUAUCCUCUCCAAUUAAUGAUGAACUCUAUCUGUUUGAUUCCAACGGCAGCCACAUUUUCACACAAAGUCUGACAACAGGAGACCAUCUCUACAAUCUGACCUACACAGGAAAGGGAGAUAUAAGUGGUAUCACAGAUAAGAACAAGAACACAGUGACCAUCCGACGAGACACUACAGGAAUGCCUCUGUGGCUAAUGGUCCCUGAUGGGCAGACCUUUUGGUUCACCAUUGGUACUAACAACGCCCUUAAAACUGUUGCUGCACAGGGUCAAGAACUAGCUGUAAUGACCUACCAUGGGAGCUCAGGACUUCUGUCUUCUAAGACAAAUGAGAAUGGAUGGACAACUUUCUUUGAGUACGACGGUUACGGGCGAUUAACCAACAUCACUUACCCCACCGGCAGAGUGAGCAGUUACCGCACAGAAGCCGACAGUUCGGUCCGCAUCCAGACGGAGGGCUCCAAUCGAGAGGAUAUCACAGUCACCACCAACCUGUCUGCCUCUGGCAACUUCUACACACUUUUGCAAGAACAAGUUCGGAACAGCUACUUUAUUGGUUUGGACGGUUCAUUGCGGCUUGUUCUUGCCAACGGUAUGGAAGUCUCUCUGUAUACCGAGCCCCACCUGCUGGCCGGGACGGUCAACCCCACUGUCAGCAAGAGGAACAUUACCCUGGCCAUUGACAAUGGCCUCAACCUAGUGGAGUGGAGACAGAGGAAGGAGCAGGCUCGUGGUCAAGUCACCGUAUAUGGACGCAGAUUGAGGGUUCAUAACCGGAAUCUACUGUCGCUAGACUUUGAUCGGAUCACCAGGACAGAAAAGGUCUAUGAUGAUCACAGGAAGUUCACUUUACGAAUCCACUAUGAUCAUGCUGGUCGGCCCACUCUGUGGGCUCCAAGUAGCCGUCUCAACGGAGUUAACGUCACUUACUCCUCUGGGGGGCAUGUGGCGGGGAUCCAGAGAGGCACCAUGUCUGUCCGCAUGGAAUAUGACGUAAACGGCAGAAUCACGUCCCAGAUAUUUGCUGAUGGUAAAUAUUGGAGCUACACUUACCUCGAAAAGUCCAUGGUACUGCUUCUCUACAGUCAAAGGCAGUACAUCUUCGAAUUUGACAAAAACGAUCGAUUGUCUUCCGUGACCAUGCCCAACGUAGCACGGCACACCUUGGAGACGUCCCGCUCUAUUGGCUACUACAGAAACACCUACCGACCACCUGAAGGCAACGCAACGGUGCUCCAGGACUACAGCGAGGCCGGACAGUUGCUGCAGACCACCCACCUGGGCACAGGUCGCAGGGUCAUCUACAAGUACGGCAAGCUCUCCAAGCUACUGGAGAUCCUUUACGACACCACACGGAUUGGUUUUUCCUACGACGAGAUGGCAGGGAUGCUGAAGACCGUCAAUCUCCAGAGCGAAGGCUUCACCUGCACGAUCCGCUACAGACAGAUCGGCCCACUCAUUGACAGGCAGAUCUUUAGGUUCAGCGAGGAGGGCAUGGUCAAUGCAAGAUUCGACUAUGUCUACGACAACAGCUUCCGAGUCACCAGCAUGCAGGCGGUCAUUAACGAAACUCCGCUACCAAUCGACUUGUAUCGCUAUGAUGACGUGUCAGGCAAAACAGAACAGUUUGGCAAAUUUGGAGUAAUUUAUUACGACAUAAAUCAAAUUAUAACCACGGCGGUGAUGACGCACACCAAACACUUUGACGCCUACGGUCGAGUGAAGGAGGUCCAGUAUGAGAUUUUUCGUUCACUCAUGUACUGGAUGAUGGUUCAGUAUGACAACAUGGGGCGUGUAGUGGCCAAAGAGCUCAAAGUUGGACCUUACGCCAACACAACACGCUACACCUAUGAGUAUGAUGCUGACGGUCAGCUCCAGGUGGUCUCCAUCAACGACAAACCCUUGUGGAGGUACAGCUACGACCUGAACGGCAACCUGCACCUCCUCAGCCCUGGGAACAGUGCACGCCUCACCCCGCUACGCUACGACAUCAGAGACCGCAUCACGCGCUUGGGAGAUGUGACGUACCGAAUGGAUGAGGACGGCUUUCUGAAGCAACGAGGGAACGACUACUUUGAGUAUAACUCAGCUGGUCUGCUGACCAAAGUAUACAACAAAGUGAGUGGGUGGAGCAUCAAGUAUCGCUACGAUGGCCUGGGCAGGCGGGUUUCCAGCAGAAGCAGCACAGGCCACCACCUGCAGUUCUUCUAUGCCGACUUGUCCAGCCCCACUCGGGUCACACACAUGUACAACCACUCCAGCUCUGAGAUUGCCUCGCUAUACUACGAUCUACAGGGACACUUAUUUGCCAUGGAGCUAAGCAGCGGCGACGAGUUUUACGUGGCGUGCGACAACAUCGGCACUCCUCUCGCUGUGUUCAGCGGUUCAGGCCUCAUGAUUAAGCAGAUUCUGCACACGGCAUUCGGAGAGGUUUACCUGGACACCAAUCCCAGCUUUCAGAUUAUAAUUGGUUAUCAGGGAGGACUGUAUGAGCCUCUUAGCAAACUAGUCCACAUGGGCAAACGGGAUUAUGAUGUCCUUGCUGGCCGCUGGACAACACCGGACAAAGAGAUCUGGAGUCAUCUCAAUAACAAUCGCAUCGUUCCGUUCAACCUGUACAUGUUUAAGAAUAACAAUCCACUCAGCAACAAUGAGGAGACAAAGUGCUACAUGACAGAUGUGAACAGCUGGCUUGUGACCUUCGGCUUCCAGCUGUAUAAUGUUAUCCCCGGCUAUCGUAAACCGAGCACAGAGAGCAUGGAGCCCUCCUACGAGUUAGUCCGCACCCAAAUCAAGACACAGGAGUGGGACAGCACCAAGUCUUUGCUGGGCGUUCAGUGCGAAGUUCAAAGGCAGCUCAAAGCUUUCGUCAAGCUGGAACGCUUUGGUCAAAUCUACAACACCAAAAGCGCAGGAUGUCCCCAGACAGAGGGGAAGAAGAUCUUCGCUUCUGGUGGUUCCAUCUUUGGGAAAGGGGUGAAGUUCGCCAUCCGAGACGGCCGCAUCAGCACCGACAUCAUCAGCCUGGCCAACGAGGACGGACGCCGCAUGGCCGCCGUUCUGAACGACGCGUUCUAUCUUGAAAACCUUCACUUCACCAUCGCAGGGAUGGACACCCACCAUUUUGUCAAGCUGGGCUCAGUGGAAGGAGACCUGGCGCUCAUUGGCAUGACGGUUGGCCGGCGCACGUUGGAGAACGGUGUCAACGUCACCGUGUCUCAGGUCAACACCGUGCUGAAUGGCAGGACUAGGCGCAUCACCGACAUCCAGCUGCAGCAUGGAUCGCUGCUCCUCAACACGCGAUACGGCGGCAGCGUAGACGAAGAGAAAGCCCGCGUUCUGGAGCUGGCCCGGCAGAGGGCCGUCGGCCAGGCCUGGGCCCGGGAGCGCCAGAGACUCAGAGAUGGAGAGGAAGGCUCAAGAACCUGGACUGAGGGAGAGAAGCAGCAGCUUCUGGGUUCAGGGAAGGUGCAAGGCUAUGACGGAUACUAUGUGGUUUCAGUUGACCAAUACCCCGAGCUGGCAGACAGUGUCAACAACAUCCACUUCAUGAGACAGAGUGAAAUGGGCCGAAGGUGACAUGAACACGAGGCUGUCGGAUAACGGACUCCGAUGUAGGAAAUGGGACUUCUUGCCAAAGACAGUUGUGUACAUGACCACGCUUUUUUUUUUUUCUUUGACUGUGCCCAACUUGGUUUUUAAUAUGCUGUAAACAAGAUGACGGUUGCAAACAGCUGCACUCUCUCUGUGACAGAAGAGUGCCCUUCUCCUUCUGAGGAUUCUUUAUCAGUCUUUGCCCUUCAAGUGCGGCUGCUAGAGGAUGAAAAUCUGUGAUGUCUUUUGGCUUAUUUUUGUGACUCCAUUUCCUCUCACCUGUUGGUGAUUCUCUUCAAAGGAAUCUGAGAGGAGUUUUGGUGAUCAAUUGUGUUUCUCCGGCUCUCUCUCUUUCUGCUAACAGACUUUUGCAGAUUGUAAUUCACAAGCCUGCUCCAUUCUGCCUUUUUCUGCGCCUCAGCCAAGGAGAUUCCAUCUCUUUUAAUCACUCCUUUUUUUUUUUUUUAUACUUGAAGCCCUCAUAGCCCCUGUCAUCCAUUAAUAAUGAGUGAAAUUGCUGUUGGCCGUAAUGCCCUUCAUCAAAACCACAGCUGAACUUGUCAAAGCACCUUCGUUUGUGUGAUGUCUCAGAGAUCUAUGAGAGGAGGCUUUGUGCUCAUUUGUGGUCUUAAGGUUUCUGUGCACCCUGAAAUGUGCAUGUCGGCCUUGUUUAUGAAGUACAAAACCUGCAAAAAUGCUUAAUGACAGCACCUUGCAGAAGGUAGAUCAUUACCUGUUGGGCUUUUUCACAUUUUCUCCAGUUUCUCUACGAGCAUCGGCAUAUUAUUCUGGAUUUUAUUGGAUAAAUCAACACAGACGACUGUUUUAAAUAGAGAAAAUCAAAAGGUUUUUAUAUCUCUUUUACAAAUAAAACCUUAAAAGUCUGUCAUACUUUAUUUAGCUUCCAUUUCUCUAUUUGUACACAUAAAUAAAAUCUCCUGCAACCAACUCCACCAGUCUGUAUUUUCAGUAUAAAUACAGCUGUUAUGUGAUCUCACUGGUAUGUCAGACUAUUUUUGAACAAAAUAACAUAAAACAGAUGUUUUAUGUUCUGAUGUGAUCUAAAUCUGAAAAAGCUCAACAGACUUAAUCAUUUUGCAGAGCUCUGCAGGCCUAAAUUGAAUAAGCGUGUAAUCUCAGUCAAUUAGGAUAUUGUUGAAAAGUAAAUUGUAUCAGUGAUUCAGUUCAAAAAGUGAAUCUCUUCUAUUAUUCAGAUUCAUUAAACAGAGUUAUAUAUAUAUAUUUAAGUUUGUAUUUCUGUUAUUUUGUUGAGCUGGCUUUUAUUGUUCCAGAUGUAGAAAUGAUUGUCUGAAAAUGUUUUGGGAAAUUUAUGAAGUUUAAAGUUUUAAUGAAUUUUUCUAAUGCAGGCAAAACUCCUAUGGGUGGUAGAGCAUUUGGUAUUGGUAACAAAAUGCGUUGUAAUGGUAACACCUUUAAGGAGUAAUCACUGUCCUCUAAAUUCCCAACUUGGUUGGCAUGUUUAGAGACGCAACAGCGCCACCUGUGGGGAACUGAGUGUGCAGGAAGGGGCAGGGCUUAGAGUGGGCUUGCGACCCACUCAUAACUGCUUCCAGUUCUAGGAUGUAAUUUUGGUUAUUCUGGGUUUCAGAAAUUACAAAUGGUUCAUUUUUAAUUCAGAAGAGUUAUUUUAUGGGACAGUCAUUACCUUCUUUAAAUGACCUUGAGUGUUAUGAAAGGCAAUUCUAAAUAAAAUGUAUUAUUAUUAUUAUUGCUACUACGCCUCAUUGUUGGCUUAACAGUUAUUAAUGCUGGCUGUUCAUAUCACACGCCUCCAAACAAAAGAAAGUUUAUUUAGUAGAUAUAAAAGCAACGGUGAUUUUAAAGGAAGCAGCUGCAAAUAAUAAUAUUCGUAAUUAACCUUUUUUAUGAUAUUCUAAUUAACUGAGAUGCACCUAUAGUAAAAUAAACAAAGGGAUAUAAUAUUGGAUUUUAAUUUUUUUGUGUCCCUCUUUUCAGUAAAUUUUGAAAAAUCUAAAUUUAGGAUAGAUGUUUUUAGUACGUGGUCAGACAACUCAAUCACAAAACUACAUGAAGAGCCAACCUUGUAAGAAAAUACUGUGGAACUAUUGUGUAUUAAAGAACAAAAAGGUAUUUUCUGGGACUGGUUUUGAACUAUAUUUUCAUUUUGUUUUAUAAAUAGCUAUAUGAAUUAACAGUAUAACAAAUGUGAAUUUAAAAAUAAUGUGAAUUAUUGUCCCUUCUAUUGUUGAUUGUUGUACUUGAACAAUACGUGGGGGGUGUUUGAACACAUUGGAAUAAAACAAUGAAGAGGGUUUUAGUGAAAUCCCUUACAGUGUAUUUCAUUAGACUCACUGCUUUUUUUUAAUGAAUCUCGAUUUCCUUGUGGGAAGCACUGAGGAGUUAAAAAGUCAGUAUUCCACAACACAGCGUCACAGCGAUCCAAUUAAACUUUGGAUGAAAAUGGUUUUAAAUAGCGCGAGGCUAGCCAGAAGGUCAAAGAAAGCAGUUAAUUCCGUCAUACAUGCUCCAUUAGCAUAUUGGCUGCAGAGGUAAAUGGGCUUUGGGUCGUACUGUGGGUCUGGUGAAAGAUACAAAUUGCCUUUGCCCUAAGGGCUGCCCGCAGGUCAGCCUAGAAAGUGCUUUUAUUCUCCAGGAUAGGGCUCCUCUUAGUUAGGGGAAAUGCAUUUGACCUGCAGGUGUUCUGGUUCCCGUUUACAGACUAAAGGUUGUCUAUACACAUCAACUUUUGCCACAUGGACAUUUUUUGGCCCUCGUACAUCUGUGACCCUCUCCGUCUCCUACACACACCUUCUCUUUUCAUGCCCCUCCCCUGGUGGAUACUGCAAAGGACAGAUUACCUGUGCUCAUUCAAAAGUGUCAUGAUGUGAAAACUCACAAGGAGACAAUUUCGAAAAGUUGUGACAUUGAUUUGACUUCUGGUACCAUUUUGAACUAUGCCAAGCCACUUCACUCUCUUGACUGUCAUUUUCCGAUUCAGCAUAUAGACUUAUCUGUGUGUCUAUAGGUGGUGAGAGCAUGAUUGAGUGUCUCAAUCUGUACAAACGAUUAAGCAAAUUGGACAAGACUUUCUUUUUUUUUGCUGUUUUUUUUUAUGAUGUUGGUUGAUUCAGUGGCAUUUUGUUCCUGAAAAACAAUAUGUAUGUUCAGCAUAAUAUGAAUGAAGGAUAUUUGCAUUGUGGAAUAUUGCACUGAUAAUUGUUGCGUCAUAAGACUGUAUCUUUUUCUAAAAGUUUUUGGACUCAUUUUGAGUUUCGGUUUGUUCUCAACACUGUGUUUUUAGCGCUUCUUCUGACUGUGUAAAUAUGAGGACAUCCAAGUAAGCUGUAAAUAAAAUGCAAAUGUAGAUACCUCUUAGAGCUACAUUGGUGACCCUGUGUAGUCUUAAGGUAGAAAAAAAAAAUAAAGGGAAUAUUUUGUGUUUA